CACCGUCUCAAACUCUCUCCAGGGUAUCCCUGAUCCCUCUUCUCGUGAGUUCGCCCGCCCUCGCCCUCGCCCUCGCCCUCGCCUGGGCCGAUCCCCAUACAUCCCGCGAGCGCGAGCGAGCCGACGCGCCGCCGUUCGUCCUGCUGCUUCCGCCGCGUCGUGGUGAGCACAUCAUCCGCCGCCGCCGCCGAUCCCCAUCCAUCCUUGCGAGCGAUCAGGGGCGCCGUCGUGUUCGUCCUGCUGCUUCCGCCGCAUCCUGGUUCGACAGCAUUGUUUGAGGUUCUUUUAAAAGUGUUCUCACCAUGGAUCUUCGCCAUUCACAAACUCCAUCCAGUGAUGACGAGACAAGGGCACUUAAUGCAUUGCUUGAUGCUUUCAGUUCUGCCUUUUCGCUUGAUGAUAUAGCUACGGCAUAUUGCAGAGCAAAUGGUGAUGUCAACAGAGCUGGUGAUCUAUUGACUGAACUUGAACAUCCUAUGGCCAAGAGCAAUGAAGUUGACUCAAGUGUUGGGACUAUUCAUCCCCCAAGUGGUAAGGCAAUUGAAGAAAACAGUACAGAGAGUUCAGGCCAAGCAAAAUCUCGGGAAAAAAUGCAGAAGUCUAGUGCUUCAUUUGGCACUGUAUCCAGUAUGUUAGGAAAGGGAUCGACCAGGGCUACAGUACCUUUGAUGAAUAGAGCAUCAGGAAAGGAAAAACCUCCAAUGGUUGAGUUACCAGAGUACAUGCGGGACGAUUUUAAUGGGAAAGUUGAUAAAUCUGAUUCUGCACCAAAGAGAGAGACUUUGAAUAAUAGAGAUAUAGAGGAAUUUCUAUUUUCUAUGCUUGGAGAAGGAUUCAAGCUCAGCAUGGACAUGAUCCGUGAGGUUCUAGGCAGCUGUGGAUAUGACAUUAAGAAGAGCAUGGAGGAACUGAUGUCAGUUUCUACAAAAGAUACAAGCAAGAAGGCAGAAGACAAACAUUAUAUAGCACAGGAUGCAGCAGUAGAAUGCUCUUCUACAAAGGGAAGCUGCCUAGAAUCACAAUCCACCUUUAGGAAUGGCAGUGCCUAUUCUUUGCGAGGCAAGAGACAUAGCUCAAGUCAGAUUUCUCCAGGAGAGUUGCUAGUGUCAAUCUUCACUGUACCUGAAAGAUCCGAGGAGGAACCAAUAGGAAAACGAUAUGAACUGGGUGCAAAUCGAAACAGAGUACCAGAUCAGAAACCAGUUGUAGAACCCCUUGAGGACAUCUCAUCAGAAACUAACUGUUAUCCAGUGAAAGUUAUCCUUAGCAAAGAACUAGUUGCACAUAAUGAGGAAGAUUACCAGAACUAUCGUAGGGCUGCGAAGCAGCAUUGGGAUAUGAUGAAGCAAUACUAUGAGAAGGCUGUUGAUGCUUUUAGGGAGGGUAACCAGAAAGAAGUCGAGUAUCUUCUUGGGGAAGGGAAACACUAUUACAUGAUGGCUCGACUGGCUGAUGAAAAAUCUUCUGCGGAGAUUGUCAAGUCGAAAAAAGUAGAGUCAAAGAAUGAGUUGUGUCUUGACCUGCGUGGACAAGAUCCAGCCAACGUAGCAAAUCUCGUGAGACUUCAUCUUAGACAGUUGUCUAAUAUCCCAUCUUUUGAGUACUUGAAAGUCAUUACUGGUGCUGAGGAUGGCAGUUUCAAAUCGGCACAAAGAAGAAGAAAGGUGAUGAAGUAUCUGGAGAAGAAAUCGAUUGUGUGGACUGAAGAGGAAUCCAACCCUGGGACCAUCCUCAUCCCAAUUAAUCAGAAGCAGGAUCAGCAGGAUUAGGUUCAUGUACAAAGGUGGUGGCUCUCAGUGACAAACUGACAGAAGUCGAUGUUCAUAGCUGCGGCAUCAUUGAUGUCCAUUUUGAACCUUACUACAGUAGUUCUUUCCCUUCUCCUUUUGGGUAUUUGAACUGUGGAAGUUACGUGCACUGCAUUCGUUUUGUCUGCACAUUGCAGACAUUUCGAACUCAUUAUUGCCACCUCGCUAGUGCCAGAAGGAAGAAAGAACUGAGGCCAUGGUCCGACAGAAAUGCAGCAGUACUAGUACUAGUAGUAACAUUCUUGUCAUCUCUAGCAUCGUGUCACUACUUAACAGCGUCCGCUCGGCAGAUGAAUGGUCUCACUUGUUUAACACUGAUGUGCGCAAAAUGGCAUGCUGCAUCUCUGCAAAA